UGAAACAUCCCACCCAAGAGUUUAAAAUCUCCUCACUCCUGAUACUCAUGCCUGUUGAGUCUUCCAGAGAGUCAAAUAAACAUCCAAGAUGCCUGUUGACUUCAGUGGGACAUGGGACAUUGUCAGCAAUGACAAUUUUGAGGGAUACAUGAUUGUACUUGGCAUUGAUUUUGCAACACGCAAGGUUGCCUCAAUGUUGAAGCCUCAGAAGGUGAUUAAGCAAGAUGGAGACUGUUUCACAAUCAAGACGUUUACUACCUUCAAAAACUAUGAGUGUUCAUUCAAAGUUGGAGAAGAGUUCAAUGAGGUGACAAAAGGAAUGGACAACCGCUCAUGCCAGUCUGUGGUCAGCUGGGAAAAUGACAAGCUGGUGUGUGUUCAGAAAGGAAUAAAGAAGAACAGAGGGUGGAAACACUGGAUUCAGGGAGACGAGCUUCAUUUGGAACUUACCUGUGAGGACCAAGUCUGCAAGCAAGUUUACAAAAGGGCUCAGUGAUUUAUUGCACUUAUGAAUGUUCAUGUCAGCUGAAACCAUUUCACCACUUCAGAGAAAUUCAUUUACAGUGUUGACAUUAAAAGAGCUAAGCCAAAUAAUGUAGCUAUUAAACUACCGUCAGUGGUGGAAGAAACAUUUGAAUCGUUUACUUUGGAAUAUGUGACAACAGUGUAAUAAUACUCCAUUACAAGGAAAAGACCUGAAUUCUGAAAUAUAUGUACCUGAAAUAUAUAUACAUUGUUUGUCAAGGUAGAUGGUCAAGAUAGAGCUAAUUUGAAUUGUAUUAAAAUUUCUUUUUUUUUUGUU